CGAAAACAUCCGGUGUAAAUAAACCACUUGGUCUUGGAAAACUAGUGCGAUAUGCAAAAGUACAUUUUACUUUUGUUAGUCUUUGUAAUGAGUGUUGCUUGCACUUUAUGUGUGCCAAAUGUCAGAGUAUUUGAACAAAAGUCCCAUCAGCCAUCACAGGAAACCUCCCUUAGAGGCUGUAAGUGUGUGGGAUACAACUGUGGCUGUUGUCAACAUUUAGAAGUGGAUGAGAUACACCUUAAUGAUACAGUGUGUAUAAAUGUGACGUAUCUGGACAAGGACUACGGACUGGAGGUAACACUGAGUGUAGAUGGACAUGUCUACAUCAACGCCUCCGUAUCAGCCCGGAACCCCCCUCCCCUGUGUGCCGCUAUACCGGGUCUUAAGGACCUCGCCAGUCUGUGUCUGCAGUUCUACAACCUCAGUGCCAGUCCCACAUCCGUUUCCGGUUGUGUAAGGGUCGUGGCGAAACUGAAGUAUGUCACCGUGGAGAAGAUAAACAUUGGUUGCUUUAAGAUACCACCUUCUCACAGGAAUCGAUUGGAAUCUCAUCAGUCGAGGAGGCACGAUUUUCUGGACAAAGCAGUAGAGUUAAAGGCAUGGGACAAUUGGUCCGCUUUAAGGAAAUAUUUCGACUUAGACAGAAAACAAAUUAAACAGAUUUGAGACGUUUAAAAACCAGCUUUUAUCUCCACACUUGCAUUCCAUUUUCUUUUCACUCGGAUAGCAAGCGAAACAAAGAUUGUAGCUUUUUCAAAUAAAAGGAAAUACAUGUAUAACAAACUGCUUAUUAGUGUUCUUGGUAACACCGAAUCUUUUACUAAUAACUUAUUUACCAAUUUAAGUUUAAUAUAUAGCUUGAAAAUGUUCAUGUUUUCUUAGAGUUGUUAUGUUCUACACACAAUGUAAUAUUUGUAUGUUUAAUCUAGAGAAGAGCGAAAUUUCAUUUCACAAGAUUAAGUACCAUGUUAAAAAAAGAAUGCCACGGAAAUAUUACAGGUGUAGCUUAAAUUGCACUUAUUAAUUUAAAAUUUAUGAUUGUGUUUUGAAAAGUGAUUAGCAUUUACCGUCAUUCUACAACUUUUUAAAAUAGAUUAUAUUUUGUUCAAUUGAAAAUGAAAUUCCUUGUAAGAAUAAGGGUCGAUGAUUGACCCAUUAUAACGGAAAACAGGUUGUAUAUGUACUUUGAACAUUAUCCCGUCAGACGGAUUUAUAUACAUAAAGAUAUGUACACACUAGCGGCAAAGCCGAUUUGUAUCUGUUUAUAAUGUUGUUAUUAUAAAUAAAAGCCAAAAAUGGUAGGAAA